UUACAGGUUUUUCCAUUUUGUUUAAAAUAUUUUUGCUAUCAUAUAACUGAUUGUCCAGAUAAAAAAAUAAAUAUAAUAGAAUAGAAUUCUUUGUAUCAUAUUCUAACUUGAAAAUAGCGAUUCUUUAUUUUGACCGCUUUGGCAUGCUGCUAUCCGUAGACGACUUUGUGUUUAUACGAUAUGGCUACCUUGGAUGUUCACGUUCGAAUAUGCGAACAAGAAAUCACGAAAUAUGACUUGGAAUUAAAAGCUCUCGUACAGGAUGUCAAUGAGUGUACAGGACCACCAGUAAAGCUGACCGAAUUGAAUGCCAAAGUGAAAGAGAAAUUCAACCUACUUAGGCUAUGUAUUCAGGAUCUAGAGCAGAUGGGGAGGGAGCAGGACAAGGAAUCGGACAAACAGGCUCUACUCAGUGAAGUAGAGGGGCAUCGCAAACAGAUGCUCAGUAAUCAGACUGCCUGGAGAAAAGCCAACCUGGCCAGUAAACUAACUUUAGAUGACUUGGAAAAGGAAGCUUUACUGUACGAAGGGGGCAGUGAACUCCGACAAAGGAAGGUUACCAAAGAGGGGCUGGCCCAGUCGUCCAGUGAUAUCACAGAGAGCCUGAUGAGCAUCAGUCGGAUGAUGUCACAGCAAGUAAUGCAGAGUGAGGAGACCAUGACCACGCUUGCGACGUCAUCCCAGGCAGUCCAGGAAACCAACGAGGAGUUCAAGGCAAUGACAGGUACCAUCCAGCUGGGAAGGAAGCUCAUCACUAAGUACAACCGCAGAGAGCUCACUGACAAACUGCUCAUCUUUCUUGCACUUGCACUCUUCCUCGCUACCGUGUUCUACAUCCUCAAAAAGAGACUUUUCCCGUUCCUCUAGACCAGACACACAACUAAUGCAAACUAAGACAAACCUGAUACCACUAAAUUAAACUACCGGUGUUUGUAGUGCAGUUCACUAAUGACUGUAUAAGCAUACAUUCCCUUCCAGAAUUAUUGGGACCCUAGGUAAAAUUGGAUUCUGUAGGGCACUGUAUUUCUGACUAUAUAAGUGAGUGAGUUAUACAGUGCCUUCAAGAAUUAUUAGCAACCUAGGUAAAUAUGAACAAAAAACAUUCAAUUUUUAUUAAUCAGCUUAAUCUUCCACUCAAAAAACUGCAUGUGAAUCUAAAUUUCAAAGGAGUGAAAAUGGUUCAUUAAGAAAUAAUAAUUUCUCAAAACAUGUGUGCCACAGCUAUUGGAACCUGUAGUUAUAAAAAAAAAUCUAAGUGAAGAUUUUACUUUUUAGUAAACUCUUAAGUGGGCAUCAAUGACAUGGGAUAUAAAUAUGUGGUGACACACAUGCUAAACCCUUGGUCAACUAUAAACAUGGAAAAGGCCAGAGAAUACUCAAAUGAGACAAUAGGUUGUUGAUCUUAACGAAUCAGUCAAUGGCAAUAAAGAAAUUGCUACACAGCUUAAAAUACCUAUCUUCACCACUAUUUGGGAAAUAAUUUGAAAAUGUAACAACUAGCACUGUCAUAAACCUGCCUGGAAGAGGCCUCCUUUGUCGCCAAACCAGAAACAUAAGUGCCUUGGAUUUAUUAAAUAGACAGGGCCAUGUACAGACCUUUGAAUGGGCAUGUGCCCAAAAUCUGAUAAAGAGUUCAUCCAUGCAUUUAAGCCUCAAGAAGCUUGAGCAAAGCAGGUCACACAGAUGGACAAUGCAUGCCCAAGUGUAAAGAACACAAGUAGCUUAACCACCAAAGGAUACUAUGAAAUUUGGGGCAAAAAGGGCAUGUGCACUGCUCAGGAUGAGCCCUACCUGUGCACGUGCCUGGCCAUAGUCAUGCAGAAAAGUACCUAAUCCCUACUAUGAAGUAUGGUGGUGGAUCUAUGAUGUAGGACUGUUUUGCUUCUGAAAAACCCUUGGGACCUUGUUUGGAUACAAAGCAACAUGGACUUCAUCAAGUACCAGGAGAGUUAAUGGAAAAACCUGUCUGCCUCCGACAGGUAGCUAAAACUGGGUUGUAUUUGGAUGUUCCAGCAAGACAAUUAAUCAAGCUUUUGUAAUCACCACUACAGUCUAAAUCCCAAAAUAAAACCUGUGGGCUGAAGCAACAGUCCACAAACACGGACCAAGCACUCUGAAGGAUCUGAUUUCAGUAUAGACGAAUAGUCUCAAAUCCUUUCCUAUGUUUUCUCCCAUGUAAUCAAACAUUAUAGGAGAUGACUCUGACCUCUUACCUUGGCAGAAAGAGGGUACACAAAGUACUAAAUACAGGGCUGCCAAUGAUUGUGGCACGCAUGUUAAUGAAUAGCAUUUUUAAUUUGAAAACAUUUCACUUAAUUGAAGAUUAGAUUCAUGAUUUUUGACUGUAAAAUCAAGCUGAUAAACAACAACAAAAAUUCACAAGCUCUUUUGUUGAUGUUUAAUUAGUGUGCCAAUUAUUCUGGAAGGCCAGUUAUGUAACGUAAGUACUGUCAGAUGAGUACGCUGCAUAAUCAUUCCUACCUGCCACUGAUGGACAUUUAAUUUCACCUCAGCAUUCCAGGACACAAAUAAUGUUGUAAUUCCAAGAUAAGUCAAUUUUAAACAAUAUUUGUCCUUCAUGGCAAGCAAUGGACUGCCAUUUGUUACGUCCAAUGAUUGAAAUAAAACCUGACGGCAUACAGUACUCUGUAAUUGUCCAAGUUCACCUGAGAGAAUUGUUUAAAGCCAUUGACAACCCUGUCUCCAAAAAAGUUGGGAUGCUGCCUAAAAUGCAAAUAAAAAAAGAAUGCAAUGAU